GCUGGCCCGCCGCGCCGCCCCGUUGGUUGAGUCGUUGACCUGGCACUCCUGCCAAAAAGCGAGCUGGUCCCGUCACCAAAACACCGAGGCGCAGCGGAGAAAGCGUUCUUCCGGGAGCAGUAUCCGGUUUUGCCCGGGUAGCGACCCCCGGACGCAUCACCUUCUGACCAAUGCUGCACAUCUGAUUGGCGGUCGCGUCGCCACACCGUGUGGCUUGUGCGCCGCGGUACCCAGGUUCAGUGAGCUCAUUCCAGGCUUUUUUCUCUCGUUGCGGCGUGUGCUGGGUACGUCGCCAGGUGCCUUUCCGCCGGGUUGUUGUCAUAAUUAAAAUCGGAUAGCCUUUUUUUGCCGUACUGUCGUCUCGUCUUUUUUUUACUUGGUCCGAUCCGAUUCUAAAAGUUUUUCUCUCCCCCUUCUUCCUCCAUUCCUCAUUCUCAACCAUCUACAACCCAAACGACCUACUUGACGACCUGCAAAAGACAUUCUUCUUUUGCACCUUCUACCUGAUACCCCUUUUCAAAUCCUUUUAAUUAUCCUAUAAUCCGUCAAAAUGGCUGGUGGUGACGCUAAGAAGGGUGCCAACCUCUUCAAGACCCGUUGCGCUCAGUGCCACACCGUCGAGGCCGACGGCGGCAACAAGAUCGGCCCUGCUCUGCACGGCCUUUGGGGCCGCAAGACCGGUUCCGUCGAGGGCUACUCCUACACCGACGCCAACAAGAAGAAGGGCAUCGAGUGGAACGACCAGACUCUCUUCGAGUACCUCGAGAACCCCAAGAAGUACAUUCCCGGCACCAAGAUGGCGUUCGGUGGUCUCAAGAAGGAGAAGGACCGCAACGACCUCAUUGCCUACCUCAAGGAUGUCACCAAAUAGACGGAUUGAUGUGUAACGAUAGGAUUGCAUUAGACGAACUGGCGAUUUGCGUUUUGUACCAAUAGACCACUCUAGAACAGUGUGUUUUGGGGGCUUCACUGAACAAGCCCAUUUUCUCUCGAAAAUUCUCCCCUUUCAAAGACGGUUGUAAUACAACAAAUUUCAUUUUGCGAAACAAACGCAACAUACACAUGCG